UUGUUGUGGUUGCUGUGAAUAGACAGCGCUUUAUUGCUUCGCUCUCAAAAUUUUAGGUUGACCAGACAGCAGUCGAGAGCGCGAUGGGAUCCAUGGCGAAGAACGGCUUCCAGCAGUAUCUGAUGCAGCUGCAGAAGCACCCGCUUCGAACCAAAGUGAUAACUGCGGGAGUGUUGUCUGCAAUCAGUGAUGUAGUGUCGCAGAAGCUCUCCGGCAUCCAGAAACUUCAACUCAAACGCCUUCUUCUCAAAGUGCUUUUCGGCGCCGCCUAUCUGGGACCAUUUGGCCAUUAUUUCCAUAUAAUGUUAGAUAAACUUUUCAAGGGGAAGAAGGACACAAAAACAGUAGCCAAAAAGGUGGUGGUGGAGCAGAUGACAUCUGGCCCGUGGAACAACUUGGUUUUCAUGCUUUACUAUGGUUUAGUUGUUGAGGGAAGACCCUGGAUUCAUGUGAAAUCCAAGAUCAAGAAGGAAUAUCCAACUGUGCAGUAUGCCGCCUGGACGUUCUGGCCUGUCGUUGGAUGGGUGAAUCACCAGUAUGUGCCCCUACAGUUUCGAGUUAUUGUCCAAAGCGUCGUUGCCUUCUUCUGGGGAAUAUUUCUGAAUCUUAGGGCGAAGUCGCUGACCGUAACUAAAGGCUAAGGUUACUCUGGCGCAACAAUAUUUAUAUAGUUUUAUGGAUUCUGGAUUGCAAUACUUAAAGGUUAGUUGUAUCUAACGCUUUCUUCUCAUUGUUCCCCCUUCCCUCUGUCCUUCUGAAUAUAUUCAUCUGUGGAUUAAACCAUAUAUCUUAAAUAAUCGAUGCCGCAUAUAUUGUUUAAACA